GUUUAUUCAGGGUUCACUCUGGCGCUUAAAAAGCGCUGAAUUUUGUAUGUUAAUCCUAAUUUUAUGCCUGGAUGUCCGUUUAGAGACAUUUCGGAGAUAAAUUUAGUAAUUUUUCUGACUUGUUGUGUUGCUCAUAUUUUCGGAAUUAUCGUAUUUCGCUGAAGAGUCGGCUGCUGUUCAGCAUGGACUCAAUAUCAAAGUAGCUCACAUGUUUCUAAACUAGUUUACCAAAGUAUUUAUGAAAAACUAACUUAGACUGUAAUGAAAUAUUACAAAACAAAUAUCAAAACAUGGGUACAACUAUUGAUACAAAUAAAUGCACUGAUUCUGUGAAAGAUAUCAAAAUAUUCUCAAAUGGAAAUCCCCGAACAACAUUUUGAUUGGGAUAUAUAUCCUGAUGUCUCGACCGUCUCCAGUAAUCCUUCCUAUGGCGCAUUUAAACUUCACCAGUCGUUAAGUAAAAAUCCAGGCGUCUACACUUUACCGAAUUUCGAUGCAGAAGAUAAGGAUGAAUUCUUUAUUUAUGGAACAUGUGUAUCAGUACGCGGAGAACAAUCUGAAUCCCGCCCUGAGUACACAAAUGAGCCUAUCAAUGAUACGCCACUGAAUGCAUCAACGGCAGUUGAAGAAAGCUAUGAGUCAAAAAUAAGUGAAUUACAAAGGCAAAUUAAAAAAUUGGAGGAGGAAGCUAGUCAAGUCCCUAUUCUGCAAAAUAACCUACGUUAUCUCUAUGAAGAAAAUAUGCUUCUUCAUCAAAAAGAGGAAAUUAAGGAGUCUCACCGAAUCCAGAAUGGAAUCCAUUCUGAUAGUACGGAUGAGGAAGUAGAAGAAAUUGUCGAAGAAGAGGUUCGUACGUACAAAAAGGCUCCUAAAGCUGACCCUGUUAUUAGUGAUACCGCUAAUGCCAAACAUCUUAAUUUAGACACUAAAGUGAUUGACAGAAGCCAGUUCCCCCCGGAAUAUUGGUCUAGGUUGGAAUCCUAUUUCUACAAGCAAUUCUUGUCCGAUCGACCUAUUACUCGUACUAUUAGUACACAACUAUCGGAAGCCACUAAAAGAACCACAGCUACUAUGGCAAGCCCACUUGCACCUUCUAAAUUUAGAUGUGUUGGUGUAAGUGUGUGCCCAUCUUCUCAAGAAGUUGGAGUUAACUGUUCUAAACCUGAAACACGUGAAUUCGGCUGUUUAUACUAUGAAACGGAAUCCGUCAUCAAAGAAUGGUUAGAUCGCACCUUCCCGAAUUUGGAAGAUAGAUAUAAAAAGAUUAUACUCAAAGUUAUACGGAAUUUUUAUCAAAACCGCGAAGAAUUUGUUAGUUUUCUACUAAGCAUCAUGAAGAAAUCAGUUUGUCACGUGAGUUCUCAGGCGCAAAUCAUCACUCAAUCUCGUGGUUGUUCACCAUUUGAAAACGAAACUAAGGAAAGUGUCUUGGAUGCUGGUCUUCUUAGUCACUCCCCUCAGCCACAAGUUUCUCAGUAUGUACAAGCAAUACCUGUGUCAAACAGUCGGUGUACUAUGACAAAACGUUCUUCAGGAAUCAAUGUUGGAUGCUUAACAGAGUCUCCCGUUCUUCGCAGCCAAGGUACUUUACCCAAAAAAGAUUUAAGAAGUUUCACUACAUGUGGUGUCCAAGUUGAGGUUAGUUCGGAAAUGGUUCACAGGGGUUCCGACCCCAUAUUUUCUGAGCUUCGACGUGUCGGCUCAUCAACACAAACACCGGAAUGGACGACCAGUUCAGUUAAGCCUGAACAAAGUAAACCUCCUACUGAGAAACAAAAUAAGAAAGAUAUUGUGAUAAAAUCCCAGAAAUUAACAGAGUAUUUCGAGAAAGUUGACCAAUUUUCUGGAAAUCAGGAGCUUAACGACUCAAAUUCAUCUGUUUGUGCCACGCGAUGUGAUUCGCCGAAAUUAAGUGGAACUAUGAUUUCCCUGUCCAAAUGGCCUUCAUCUACGUCUAGUCAUUCUGAAAGUUACACUAUAUCAACUGAAAGACGUAUGGUUGAUGAAUUAUCACAGAGGUACUUGUUGAUGGAUAAAAUUAAUAUAGAUGAAAUAAGUUCUGGUGGACAGGCAGCAUUUCAAGAAGCUAUGACGAAGAGUGUUGAUCUUGGAAGUACACAUGUUGUUAAAGAGUAUCAACCAACUGUUGAAAUCUUUCACCAUGUAGGUGAUGAAACUGAAGAAGUUGAUUCCUCUACCUUGCCCAAUGAGAUACUUUCUCCAUUUCGUGUAACCUCACCCUCUGGAAUACGGACAACACCUGAUAUUAUCCAUUCAAAGCCAGAUCCUAGAGUGCUUCACACUACCAGUUUAUCUGAUCCACUGAAUUCUUCUGCCUCUGUGCCCGCCGUAGUGAUACCGGUUAUCUAUGGACAAACUGCUAAGUUACCUGAAUCAGUCCAAGACUUACCACAUUUGGAAUCUUACAAUCCGGUCUUGUUAGCUCAAAAACCUACUGCUGUCUCGUGGAUACCUGUACGUAAUCAUCGGUUUGCUUUAUCAAAUGAAUUGAAAACUGCGUGUGAAUCAUUAAUUGGCUAUUAUCAGGCUGAAAAGACUGUUGGCAGAGAGGAAGAGAUGAAAGAAAAGUUUUUGACUGUAGUGAAAGUUUGGUUUGAACUUGCUGCAGCAUCACAAACUGACCUACUGAGUAUUGAAGAUUUCAUUGCAAUUCUACAUGGUUAUUCACCAGCUCUACUACGUGACAUCAUUCAAUCUAUCGAUGAAAAUGACAGUACUUGCCUGCAUUAUUCAGUUGGUCAUGGUGCCUGGCAGGUGGUUAAUUUAAUUUUGGAUACAGGACACGCACAUCCAGAUCAUCUCAAUCGGUCUGGCUUUUCUCCAAUCAUGAUCGCUACUCUUACCAAUGUUUCUGAUCCCAUUGCUUUAAAAACAAUCAGUCGAUUGUUUAGUAUGGGUGAUACUAAUCUGCGUACAAAAACACCUGCUCGUCAAUCACCACUAAUGUUAGCUGCAUUACAUGGUGCUGUUGAUAUCUGCUCGUUACUUAUUGCACAUGGAGCUGAUAUAAACGCCCAAGAUGCAUCUGGUAAUACUGCUUUAAUGUAUGCUAUUGAACAAGGCCAUAUCAAUGUCAUAAAAUGUCUGAUUGGCUAUGCGGAUCUAGACUUGACUUUAGUCGAUAAUAACGGAAAAAAUGCUCUCGAUGUGGCGAAAUCUAAAAAUGAUUCAGAAAUUUUGGAUUUCAUUCAAUCGAUUUAUCAAGCAUCUUCUUCCAAGGUGACCAGUGAAUUUUCACCUGGCGUCAGAACACGAACUGAAUGAUUAAUUACAACACUACUCAAUUGCGAUACAGUGAAAGACGAAAUGCGCACCAAUUGUUACAAGGUCUUUGUGGUCUUCAUCAAGCUACAAUGACGAAAUCAGUUAAAUUAUGUUUAUAGUCAUUGCGCGUGCUUCUCCCUCUUCCCCUCUGUGUUUUUGUUUUAAGUUCUAAUUUCAUUAGUCCUAAUUAACCACUAUACUACUAGAAUUAUAUAAUUAGUUACUUCAUUUGUCAUUAGCUAAUUUUCAUUUCCUUUCUUAUUGGAACAUAUCAAAAUAUAUAUAUACACAUGAUAUAGUUUUAUUCUCUAUGAGGCUGUGGUCUUGAUGAACUACAAUAAACAAUAUGUAUAACAAUGUCUUCAUAAUAUCCGCUUUUUUUAUAGUCAAGCAUAUUUUUUCGGACAUAUUGUUCUAUUUUACUGUAGUCAGGUCAAGUUGCUUUCAUGUUUUACUUAUUUUAAUUCACUUUGCUCACUUGUUUAUUACCAUAAUUUACAUUUUGCGACGAUUUAUGUAAGCGUCCGGAUCUUUUUAAAUUUUCUAUACAACUGUUUAAAGUUUCUUUUUAUUGAGAAUAAUACUAAUAAUGGUGAUGAUAAAGUAUUUUAAGAAGAAACUAUUGCUCUCUUCUCUAAACAUGUUCUUUAACUGUCAACAAUUUUUGCGGGGUCUUUUGAGUACAUAUUAAACCUUACUAAGUAAUUUUUAAAAUUCUUUUGCAUGCCUAGUAGAACAUGGAAUUUUAAGGUUUCA